UGCCGGGCUAGAAAGAAACCACUAGCAGUUGCUCCCCCACAUCUCAGCCCCGCCCGGUUGUAAGAUGGCGGCGUCGGGGUCACGUGGGGCGCGCCCUGGCGGGGACAUGGCGGCCGCGGAGGGAGACGCGCUGGACGCAGAAAGCAAGAGCGAGGAGGUGGAGGAGCAGCUGGUCAUGGUGGAAUUAUCUGGAAUUAUUGAUUCAGACUUCCUAGAAAAAUGUGAAAACAAGUGCAAGAUUUUGGGAAUAGACACAGAUAGACCCAUUUUACAAGUGGACAGAUAUGUCUUUGCUGGAGAGUAUGAAGAUGCCCUUGGAACCUGUGUGGUCUUUGAAGAAAAUGCAGAACAUGUGGAUGCAGAAGGCAACCAAAAAGUACAGUUGAAAUACAAGUGCCACACAAUGAAGAAGUUAAACAUGACACGAACACUCUUAACGGAGAAGAAGGAAGAAGAAGAGACCAUAGGUGGUGUGGAGUGGUUACAGAUCAAGGACAAAGAGUUCUCAUACAGCAGACCCAAUAUGAUUUGUAGCUUUCUGCGUGAAAAGGAAGAUUCUGAGGAGGCAGCUCCAACCCAGGAAAAACUGACAGAAGAGUCAGAGGAAGAGGUCAGUGACAGAGGGAACUCUGACCUCAGUUACGAACUGGAAAAAGAGCAAAGCAUGGAUAACGCUGUCGCUCUCCCUGAUAGAACUGCUUCUGAAGCAGAGAACUUGACCACUGAUAUUAGUCAGGAUAUUACCUUGGAUGUUGCCCCCAGUUGAUACCAAGUCUCCAGCAUCCGGAAAUUUAUUACUAAUGGACCAAAUUUUAAAGGUACUUAAUUCCAGCUUAUCUAAAUUAAUAGAGCAAAGAUGCACACGCAUUUGGAUGAAAUUGUAUGUCUUAAAUAUUGUGAUGUCAAUACCAUCUAUGUGUUACAUGUAUGCAUUUCUAACUCGCAUUUCCCUACCUCGGAGUUGAAGAAAAGUAACAAAUGAUUAACUGAUAAAGUUGUGCUACAGAAAACUUUCACUACACAGACAUUCAUAAAAAUCACUUUUGUUUGUAAAAUGUUUUGUAAAAUACAGUCUUGAUAUCUUGAACGGUUUCAG